GCACAUGGGGAGCGAUGAGAAACGACGCGGCGGGACAUUCAUGUGGAAACAGACGCAAACUGACGGAGGUAAAAUAAAGCGGUUACCUCUCUAAAAGAUGGAGACCCUUGCCCCAACUACUGAGGUUCGACUAGCAGUGGCCCAGUGUUUCCGGACCCUCACCGCAUCAACAGAUACCAAAGACACGAUCGCUGCUCUUCAGACACUUCACUCUUACUUGGAUGAAGGACCAGAAAAUAGAACCACCUCAGUUCAGCGGGCAGAGUUCAGGAGAGCUCACUUCACCCGCACCCUUCGUUUCCUUGUCAGCAACAUCCAGGCUGAUUGGUUGGCAAACCUCACAGCAGCCCAGCGCACAGAGUUAUGGGACGGCCUGUUCCUUAAAGGCCCUCCAGAGCAGGCGCUGUUAGUGCUGAUUGAGGGAAUAGGAGCGCUAAGUGCCAGCACAAAUCUGGACCACUUGGUCAACGUCACUGAGAAGUUCCUUCAGAGCGGUCGACUCGCUGACCUGUUGUGGUCCUACUGUCUGGAGACAGGUCCCCCUGACUCCCCCCAGCUCCGAGAGACUCUGCAGGGACGUAUUGUGGCGCUGCCGGACCUUGCUGCCAACAGGUUGCAUCCUAACAACAAGCCCCUUUUUCUUCCGCAGCAGUACUACCCACUGCUGGCCACAGAGAUGCUCACUGCACUGGAGCGGACGUGCCAAGCACUCAAAGAUGGCACAGACUGCUUCUUGACUUUCAUGGCUCAGACACUUGGAAAAGCGUGUAUCCAGGGUCAUAGUGGUUUGGUGCUGGCAGUGAUGGCUCCUCGGCUCUCUGUGUGCACUCGCUCAGACAUGGUUUGGCAGAGGGUUUGCUGGAAGCUGCUGGAGAACGUUCCACAACGAUGGAUGGAGAGCGUGCUCACCGGGCUUGUGCAGGCUGUCUGCGGGCCUGAUGCUUUGGGCAGGAUCAUUGGGAAUCUAGUGUUAAGAAAUAAAAAAGCCCAGUUUGUCAUCACUCAUAAACUGCUGUUACUUCAGUACAAAUAUGAGACUCAAGUCUUGAGAAUUGUCCUGGGUUACCUCGCAGCAGACAGGGAGCGAAGGCCACUGCUCAUCCAGGUGUUGCGCUCUGUGUCCCAGGCCUGGGCUAACCCCAGUGCUGUGAAACACACACCUCUAGAGCAGCAGCUGUAUGUCAGCAAGGCCUUACUUCUGAGCGUGAGUCUGCUGAAAGACUCUGAGCUGCAGGAGCUACGCUCAGAGUUACUUCAGUGUAUGCUGGGCGGCAUGCAGAGUCACCUGGACAGCAGCGUGGUGCGUAUCAGGCGUAUGGGCAUGGUGGUUGGAGAAUGCCUGAGCUCUCGCAUGGAUAUCAAUAAAACCAAGCUCAAGUUUGAGUAUGAUCAGGAUGAGGAGACUCAAGAGCUGCUUUCUCUGAUGACUCCCACAGCUGGUGAUGAACCAGAGGCCGAGCCUGUGAGCGGGGUUGACUCUCCUCAACAGACCAGUGACACAACUCCACCUGCUCAAAAUGUUUCAUCUCAAAAUGAGUCAAAAAGUGACCCAGACUCCGACCUGGACAGCGAUGAUGAGCUGACACCGUAUGACAUGUCUGACGAUCAGGAAAUGAGUAAAGCAUCUCCACCCCGUUACCUCCGAGACUGUCUGGAAACGUUAAUGUCCUCUGAGGACCCGGUGCGCGUGGAGCUCAGUUUGAGAGUAGCUGAGGGUUUGGUGAGGAAGAACGUGUUUGCAACCAGAGAGAUCAGUGUCCAGCUGACUAAAGUGCUUCUUCACAUGGAGGAUAAAUACAGCAUGAAUGGCUUCCUGAGUCUCAGACAGGCGACCAUGGUGGCGCUCACUGUCACGGACUCUAUCCCUGUGACUCAGUAUUUGACCACAGAGUUUUACUCCUUGAACUACAGUCUUCGCCAGCGGCUUGAUAUCUUAGAGGUCCUCGCUUUGGCAGCACAGGAGCUCUCCAGGCCAAUCACUGAAAAGAGAAACCCAAUGAUGGGGGUUGCUCCCAGCACAGAUUUGACCCCAUACCCUGGUGACAAUCCUGUUCACUGGCGACAAGUUGUAGAGAAGCGGAUUCAAAGCAAGACAAAACGCCUCAGUAAGGGUGCCACACAGCCUCCAGCUCAGGCCUCCCGUAACCGCUACGCUCCUGUUGCCGGACACUUCUUUUUUCCUCUGCUCAGCAAUUAUGACAAGCCUCAGGUGACCUUUGACCUGUUGGGCAGUGACCAUCUUGUACUGGGCAGAUUGAUCCACACCUUGGGCCUCUUUAUGCAUCUAGCAGUCAAUGCACCGGUAGCUGCACAGAUGGGUCGUGCUUUACUGGACUUUGUGUGGGCGGUACGCUACCAUGCUGAUCAGAUGGUGAGACGAGGCGUCCUCUUUGCUGUUUGCUCCGUGUUUCUGAGCAUGCCCAGUCAAAACCUGCUGGUGGACCUCAGUGAUCAGCUGUUUGAGACCAGAACUUGGCUGGCAGAUGUGGCUGAAGGAGACCCUGAUGCAGAUUGCCGGAGUCUGGCCGUACAGAGUUUGGUACUUCUGGAUAAGAGCCUGAAGAAACAGCUACAAGAUCAACAAGCGCUGUAGCAUGAAGUAGAGUAUGGAGUAAGUAGAUUACGGAGUCAUGAUCACAGCAUCAGCAAUGAACAAUAAAGUACUGGUACUGAGCGUGUCUCAGAAGGGGGGGGGGGGUUUUACUGUACCUCCGCGAUGUCCUCGCAGAGCCUGGAGGAUUGAGGUCGAUGGAAGUGAUGUUCCAGAUAUUUUCUGACACCUUUUCAUAUCCUGGAACACACAGCUAACCAGCGGAAAACGAGGGCACACGUCUUCUCACGUGUUGAAUGUUGAAUGUUGAAUGAAUUCACGUGUGAAUGUCUUUCUGCAUACUUAAUUCAUGCACACACACAUUUCAGCACACUUUACUGUUUAGAUGAACGUGUAUAAUUUAUGAAUCGGAUAAAAUAUUGAGUGAAUGGAGAAUAGGAUGCCAUUUUUGUCCUCCUGUAAAAAGCCAGUUAUGAGGAUAUCCUUUUUAACCUCUUUCCUGUACUUACACAUCUCUGCACUGUGGUGUUUUUUUUUUUGUAAAGGACGUCCUGUGAAUAUUCACGUGCAUACACACAUUCACAAAUAAUGGAAAUACUACUACUACUUCCUCUUGUGACAAAGGAAAUGUGUGUUCAUCUGUAUGGUCACAAACAAUGGAACAUUUUUUAAAAUGCA